GUUGCGCCGUUAGGUAGCGGUCCAGCUAACUUCACAGCUAACUAUGCCUGGAAAAUGUAAAUUUCAGGACUCCUGGCUCUCAAAGGGAAUUUACAAGGACUGGCUAGUUAAAGACGUCCAGGACAUUCACUUCGCUCGAUGUAAGGCCUGUUGUAAAUCAAUUAAACUUCAGACCAUGGGCGAGGCAGCUCUCACCAGCCACGCAGGGGGAGCUGGCCACAAAGCAGCGGUCCGCAAGCUAGUAGAAGGAGGCAAUGUGAUGCUGAUAAAUGCUGCCGGGCAGAUGAAUGGCAGCGUGAAUCUGACUGAAGACCACAAAGAACAAGUUGCCAUCUGCAUCCAGCGUGACGCCUUGGACAGAAUAUCAGGCAGCGACUGGACUGAUCUGCACCACAGCCCUACUACAAACUCCACCUCCCACAAUGCAGAGCUGCAGGACGUGAUAUUUCCUGCUGCCUACUUCACAGCACCAGGCACCUCACGUGUCAUCAGCCCGCGUCAACACCAGACAGGCAGCGAGGCGGAGGAAGCGACCCGCCGCCCGAUCGAGCCGGACUCCUUAGACCUGUCGAGGCUGGAGCACCAGCAGAGAGCAGACGCUCUGGAGCAGCAGCAGCAGAUGAAGAUCCUGGAGUGGGAGAACAGGAUGAAGGUGCUGGCAUGGGAGCAGGAGCUGGUGAGGGAGAAGAGGAAAGCAGUCCGGCAGAAGGAGAAGGCCUUCAGGAUGAAGAAGGCGUACUACAAAGCCAAGCUAAAGAGGAUGGGCGAGCAUGUGCCGCCGUCUUCCUCCAGCAGCGGCGACGAAGAGGAGAAAACAUCUAAUCCAACAGGAUGAACUGUUUUAAUUGUUGAUUUUUACUAGUGCUUGUGUCAUUCUUGUAUUCUUUUGUCUAUAUGCCAUAUAACUUUUACUAUUUUUAUACGUUGUUUUAUAUUUUAAAGCAAAAUGGGGAUUAUAAAUUGCUUUAAAUCAGCUGUUCUUACACAUAGAGGGCAAAUUACUUCUCCUGCUACAUGAGUGUGACUUCUUUAGGCGUGUUUCCACGGAGUACUUUUUGGAAAGCGGCUGAGUGUUUUGGCUACGCCCACUAGUUAGUUCCCAUCGGCUUCUGUUACCAUACAGGAACUUUUGUAGCGGCUAGCCAACGUAGUUCUAAUGUGACAUAAAUAGUUUUGCGACACUUACGUGAUUAUUCAGCGACAAUUUUGACCGUGACAUCAGUGAAGCGACGCUGACAGCAGACCGACUUGUCAGCUGUCUUUCUUUUUCCUUUGUCCAUCGUCUCCUCUUCUUUUGUUUCUUGUUCCUGAUUAUCUUGAAUGGCGCUGCUAUGUUGUGGUUGUGUCGACUUCUACUCAUGUCAUAUCCUGCCUCAGCCGUAUCCAAUCAACGUCGAUGAGUUAGUAGCGGCUCAGAAAGUACAUACCUUAGGCAGGUACUUUCUGAGCCGUUAACGGUGAAGUUGGGUGGAUCUUGGGCAGAUCUUCUCUCCCAAGCCACACCCAUAGCGGCUCACUAGAGGGAAAAGUACUAAUGGAACGCGCCUUUUGGUUCUUUUGAGGUGGAGUUUGGAAACAUAUGACAACAUGCUACUCGAGUAGAAGUUACUUAAAAGCACAAGUAAGAUUAUUUAAGUUAUUGGAAGGAAGGAAACCUUUUUGUAGACUAUUACCAGUAUUCCAAAUUGUCAAACAAUCCCUCUUUAUCUAAAUAUGCUUUCUCAAAGAAUAAAAGUAAACUUGGCACAAGAUUAAAGAUCAACCCAAGUGAAAAUGUGGUGCGAUUAGAGCUACAGGAGAACAUGGAAAUGCUAUGACACAUAAAUACUUUGCACAUGUUGUAGAAAAGAAGAGUUGAGAUCUAAAUUACAAAGAUCCUGUUCUGUCAUUUAUCACAAUGUGUCUUCGGUUUUCAGAAUGAUGAGAUGUUCAUUGGUGUUUAAGGCUGAUAAUGUCUGUAAAGGUUAUAGCCUUAUUUUAGAGAGAACGUCAUUUUAAAGAAUGUAUUGAGAUUUCAACUGCAGAUGUAGGAAUGGAACAUAAUUUCUAAUAGACAAUCUUUUAUCAUGAUUUUACUUGCAUAGCUUCUUUUGCAUGUUAACAUGUAUGCUUAAAGUUACUCUUUCCUUUGUAAAUAAAUUUGCAUUUCUGCA